AUGUAUCAAGAUUUGAAGCAGAUGUUUUGGUGGCCGGGCAUGAGAGGUGAAAUAGCCAGAUUUGUCAAGGCCUGUUUGACUUGUCAAAAGGCAAAAGUAGAACGCCGUUGUCCACCUGGAGAAUUACAAACUAUGGAGAUCCCUGAAUGGAAAUGGGACUCUAUGACCAUGGACUUUGUAUCCCAUUUACCAAAGACUAUUAGGAAUCAUGAUGCUAUUUGGGUCAUAGUUGAUCGAUUGACUAAGUAUGCUCACUUCUUACAAGUUAACAUGACCUAUACCAUGGAAAAACUUGCUAAGCUGUAUAUCAGAGAGAUUGUUAUGUUGCAUGAAAGAGGUGAUUGGGAGGGCAUGCUUCCUUUUGUGGAAUUUACCUAUAAUAAUAGCUAUCGUUCAAGCAUUGGCAUGACACCUUUUGAAGCCUUAUAUGGCAGGAAAUGCCAAACUCCAAAGAAAUUGAAAGCAACUCAGAGUCGUCAAAAAUCAUAUGCUGAUUGGCAUUGGAGACCUUUGGAGUUUGAGAUAGGUGAUCACGUGUUCUUAAAAGUAUCAAGAACUACAGGUGUAGGUAGAGCUUUGAAGUUAAGGAAGUAUAUUUUGGAUCCAACUUAUAUAAUCAAACCAGAUGCUGUGCAAAGACGAGAUGACUUGUUGGUUGAGCUUCCAGCUGCAUGUAUUGAAGACACUAGAGUUAAGGAACUCAGAGGUAACUCAAUUCGACUAGUAAAAGUCGUUUGGGAUCCAAUUACUAGUGAUGCCACAUGGAAGUUGGGGGAUCGAAUGAGAGAGCAGUGUCCUCAUCUCUUUUAUGAUGAGUAA